AUUGGGCAGGCGGUUUUUCAGCUCGGCUAGCCUCCAGCCUCCCAGUUGUGUGUAUCGGAAUUAUGUAAGAACAACACUUCGCUCGCCCAUGGGCUGGCGUACGCGGGGCCAGUGUGUGACAGCCAGCCUGCAGUGUUGUUGUUGUUGUUGUUGCAUGCACAUAUGCAGCAGGCAUGAAACUCAACAAGACGAAGAGCCAUUGAAGAGAGGAUGUGCAUCUUCUUGAAACACAUCUUGUACCCCAUUUCUCACCGUCGAUUUGGAAGGACAGGCGACCAGGCAAGCGGUCGAGGGAUGCGGCCCAUCUUUGGCGAAUUACGUGUUCAAGAAGUCACAUAUGGACCGCUCCGUUUCGACCCAGUCCCUCGGCGCCAGACGCCCUGCGCCUCCUGGUAACGUCCGCAGCUCCCGUUUAUCCUCGUUACCGUCCUUCGUUCAAGAGGCGAAUAGCUCAGGGGGAGAGUCACAACUCAGAAGAAGCAGCAGCAGCUUAUUGGAGAGCCCAGAGAUAGAAUACAACCAGGCUGCUUCGCCUACAUCGGCCGGUGGCAUCACCCCUGGCGGCCGCCCUCGCACUGAGAGCGUCGCUUCAUCAGCAUCUGGCGGACCCUCGCGCUUGAUACCCUCCUCGUCCGAUAUGGAGCCUUCCAACAGCUUGGGAAAGGGGAUGGACCUGACCGAGCGGCCGAGCUCACCUGACAACAUUCGUAAUGGCAUGCCUUCCUCGCCGGUGUCUUCGAUCAAUGGUGGAGCUCCUCUAUCACCUCCCUCGCCUGUACGACGCAGUGCUGGCGCAGGAGCAGCUCUCGGCGAAAUAUCUCUGGAUGACCUCAGGAAUGCGCUCGAAGGCGUAAGCAGAGAUGACUUGCUGAUUGCUCUUGGCCGGACGAAGCACCAAAUCGACUUGUCUGAGGCAGAAAAAGAGGAGCACCUGCUUCACAUAGAGACGCUUCAGUCUCAUCUGUCAGACCUUAGUGAUCGCUUCUCAGGUGCCCAGUCCGACAUUGACAUGUUGCACGCCCAAAUUGCGGCCCAGGAGGAAAAGAUGGAGGAGAUGGCCAAAGAUCAAGAGCGGCUUGAGGACGAGCUCUACAGCAAAACUGGUGUAUUGGACCGCUUGCGAAAGCAGCUAGACGAGUGCGAGAAAGGCCGUGCUGAGGCAGAGAGGCGAUAUGCAGAUCAGAGCACCACCUUGGACAAGGAGAGACAGUACUACAAUGACGCAGAGGCCCUGGUGAAGUCUCAAAAGACGAACAUUCAGUCACAAGUCGACAAGCUCUCCAAGCAGAACAGUCAGCUGAUGAAGGAGAACGAGCGCAUGUUGAACCAGUUGACGAGGCUCAAAGCGUCACAGAAGGGUGCAAAUGAUCCUGACGUCAUUGCGGAUCCCUCCUUGCAAGACACAAAGGCUGAUGGAUCUGAAGAUGCUCGUUUCGAGGAGGACGCGGAGGAUGCCGAGCAAGACGAAAACAAUGAACACGAUCGAAGCGCCCCGAAUUCAGGUGAUGUCCGAAACUCAGUCGGCAAAAGAUCACUGCAAGACGAAGCCGAGGCCGCGCAGUUGCGCGACGAGCUCGAGUCGAUGCAGCGCAGCCAUACGAGUCUGCAGCAGACGAUGCAGCGGUUACAAAUGGAGAUCAAGGAGCUCAAAAAUGCUAACAAGGAUCUGCGUGAUCAGAACGAGACUUUCCAAGGCGUACUGGAGGAACGCACUUUUAGCGGAAGUCUGCUCAAGAAUAGUGCGUUGCUUCGCAGUGCCGGCGCACUGGACGCGGCUAGCGAGAUGAGCAGCACUAUUGACGGCGAUAGCGACGAAGAACCCAUGGACAAAGAGACCGAGACCGAUGACACCAGGCUAUCGAUCGACGACGUUGAUGAUGUCGAUGACUUGCCGAUUACGCCAAAGAGUGCGACCAGUUCUAGCAACAAGAGCAAGCGCCGGAGUGCAGCCGUUCGGACGGGACGGGAUGGAAGACAGGAGUUGUCUACCGAAGACGGGUUCGUCGCGCCUCUACCCACGGAUCUGGGCAGUGAGCUUGAGCAGGUUGAAGGCGAGGAUGCAGAAGAAGGUGACGGAAAUGAGGAGGCUCGCAAGGCGAGGAACAUAGAGAAGCGGCGGAAGAGGGCUGGCACGCUGUCCAAAGAUGUCAAAGAGCUACAAGACGAAAUCCUCUCUUUGCGCGACGCAAACAAAGGUCUCACACUCUAUGUGUCCAAGAUCCUCGAUCGCAUCAUUGCUCGCGAGGGCUAUGAGAACAUUCUUGCCAUUGACCCGGAACACAAGCGCACGAUGCGGGGCGCAUCCGGUGCGGGCACGCUCGGACGCAGCCGCACGAAGCGAUCAUCGGUUUUGCCCAUCAACAAGAGUCCUGAGGCCGGCAGAGGGUCGUCAUCGGAGGUAUACCAACCGCCGGCCGGCCAAAGUAAGCGACACAGCGUCGGGUUGCUCGGCUACAGUCGCGCUCCUGGGCAAGGGCCGGCACCCACUGCUGCGCCCGAGGUGGGGCCUCGGUACGCGCCAAAGCGCACGACGUCUGUCGAUUGGCGCGGGCUCCUGCCGAGCGCCAUUGGUGGCACCUCGAGCACAUCCAGCACGAAUCAGUCCAACUUCCGACCACUGGCAUUGCAAUCGGCGCUGGUAUCGCGCCAAAGCUCGGCCGGCUCGUCGAGCGUAGCGCGCAAAGUCGAGUCGCACGAGGAGAUGGAGGAUGACAACGACAUUGCUGAGCGGGAGCGCAUCCGCGCGUCGCUGCAGCUCCAAGGCAUCGUCACGCCCGCGCACCAGCUCAAGCAGGUCCCGCUGAGUCCAUCAAUCGGCGGCCACACGUCUGAUCGCAGGUCGAGUCCUCUGAUGUCAGCCGGCCACCGCGCCCCAGGCCCAUGGGGCGGCUUCCUGUCACGCGUCAUGUCCACAUCAACUUCUGUGACGACUGCCCCGUCUCCGAAUCUUUCGCAGUCGGGUGGGCAAUCGCCGGCGGCGGACAGCAGCAACACAGCCGGCUUCAUGGGCCCGCGCCUGACGACAUUCGACGACCCCACGCCGGCGCGGCCGCAAGUCGGGAGCGAGGUCAGCGCCGGCUCAGGCAAGCGCAUGCAGGUGACACAGACGGGCGCUUCCGGCGCCGGGCCGACGGAGCUGCUGCCGCGCAUGUCAGCCCGGCGGGCGGGGAGCAGCGGCGCAGCAGCAGUAAAGGCGCUCGGCGGCGGGUCCGAUGCGGGUAACAUAUCGUUCGCGAGCCGCGCCGGCUCGGUCGCGGGCGACGAAUCAUACGCGCAGGCUGCCUCGGCGGACGGCACUGCUGGGGUGCGAGGAGGGCCAGAGGAGGAGGUGGAGGAGGCAGAGGAGGAAGAGCCCGGUUGGAAAAAGGCGCUGAAGCGCGUGUCGCUGCUCGCGCGCUCUGUUCCGGUCAAUAACACAGGCGCGCAGUAGGGGGGGGGGCGUGCCUCUCAAUGCGGUAAUCCACACGGUCACGGCACACCGG